GAAAUCACAGAAGUUGUAGCCAAAUAAAUCAUAAGCUGUUAAAAUUUCAAAAUGAAGUGUGAGUCCGUUUGCCUUGUGGCUCUAUUAUUUUUGUGUACGACUUUGAUCUGGGCCUACGAUAGUAGAAAAUGCGAUGACUGGCCCAGCCAGACAGGACCUUGCAAGGCAUCCUUUCAAAUGUGGCGCUUCAUCAAGGAACGAAUGGUCUGCGAGCCCUUCAUUUAUGGAGGCUGCCAGGGAACGAAGAAUAUGUUCGACCAGGAAGCGGAUUGCGAAAAAGCGUGCUUGCAGUAA